AUGUCAAAAUCAAAUUAUUCGUCUCAACGUUCACAUCAUCAAUCAUCUCGUUCAGGUCUUGCAACAUCUCGUAUACAUCACUCACGAUAUUCAUCAACAAAAACAAUCAACAAAUCAAAACAAAAUAGUCAAGCACAGGAGGAUUAUCCAUUAUUUCAUGUUCAUUCGUCAGAUUAUGAAAUUAUAUUUGUGAAUAAUAAAACAUCAACAGAUAUGAUAAACAAAUCAUUGAAUCAUAUGGAUACAUGCAAACAGUAUGCAAUAGACACAGAAUCUGAACGAACAAAUAAUCAAUUAUCAUUAAUUCAGAUUAACUCAAUACCAAUUAAACCACCAUCAUUCGUAAUGUUAUUCGAGUUGAACCAUUUACCAGAUCGGAAUUCACAAAAGUAUGAAAGCAUUCAUCAGUUGUUUCAAUUAAUUUUUAGGUUAGGCAACGAAAUUUAUUCUUGGGGGAACAUGGAAAAAGAACUUGCACCAGCAAAAGAAUUGUUUACCUGGUCAAUUCUAGCUGAAUUACUUGAUAUUCAACCGCAUUUUCCAGUGUGGUAUAAUUGGGCACGGACCCAGUGUGAGGUCCAGAACCUGUUACAUCGAAAUGAUAAAAAUAAUGAUAAGGAAUUUACACAACAACAUCAUCAACAGUCAUCAUGUUAUUGUCAUCCACCAUCACCAUACAAAAUUAAUGAACUUUGGUCUCUUCAAAAUGCAUUUAUAUAUGGGUGUAACUUAUUUAUUGAUAAAUCAUGUACAUUAAGUCACUGGUCAUUAAGUUUAACAUCAAGUCAUUCAUCAUUAUCACAUGCUGAUCGGAUAAAGAUGACCCAUUAUGCUACACACGAUGUUAUGGCUGUUACAUUUUUAAUACGACCAAUUACUGAAAAAUGGACAUUUGAUAAAAUUAAGAAUAGGAAAAUGAAUAAGAUGUUCGUCGCAUUUAAUUCAACUAAACUUCCAUCAUUACCAACAUCAACAACAAAUAAAUGCGAAAACCUCGGAUUUAAAUCCGAGUGUUAUGUGUACUUCAAAAAGUGA